AUGGCUGCCUCGUGGCUCAUUCGUUUGUGUUUUCUGACUGUUAAUGUUCUGAUCCAAAGUUUACUUGUGAAAUCUAACUCGGACUUCUGUGCGAGCGUGUUUGAAAGUCAGACUGGUAAGUUAAGACCUGCUGCUUUAUAAACAGGUUUUCUAAAACGUUUUCUGUGUCUCUAGGCGCAAACAAAAUACCGUUUUUUAGGAAGUUUGGUCUUAAGAGGAAUCUUUUAUUACAUCUUUUUUCUCCCUCUAUUUCACGCAAAGAGCAGGGGCCAGAACUGGACUAGAUAACGUAAACAAGCUUGCACAAGAAGCAUUUGCUUUUCCCGACUAUAUCUGAUAUAAAAAUUACUUACAUCUCCUAUCCCUUCUAUUUUUACUGUUGACGAUAGAGAAGACGUUGCCAUGGUAGCAAAAUGUUUGGAUGACAACAAACCGAAAACUCACUUAAAAAGUAAAUUCGCACUGUUUCAAACUUCAUCGAUCUUAUUCAAUUUCAUUUCAUUUGUCAAAUGUUAGCGAAAUUUUCGGGGUUGAAUCCGAAGGGAUCGUACCUGAGUUUAGAAAAAGAAAAAGGAACUUUUUGUGCUUUACUCCGUAAAGCGGACGCGUGAUAUUUGGAAGUUUCAUGUCGCAGUCGUGCAGCGAUGGCGAAAAAAUGUGCAAAAAAGCGUGAUGCACGUGCAGAGUUGUUGUUUUACUAAUAUAAACUUAUUGCUUUUUGGCCGUUCUCGUUGCCGCCGCCGCUGUCGUUGUUGCCUAAGCUCACUUUUGUUGUGAUCCAAACAUUUUGCUACCAUGGUAACGUGACGCCACACUUCUCCUCUCUGUUCCCGCUUGUAUCUAAUCCCAAUUUAGCAAGCAAGUAUAUCUUUUAAUGUUAUAAAAAUGUACAGCUAAACUGAAACAAUAUGUGUGCCCUUGGUUCGUUAAACUCUACUGUUUCACUGCAUAUUCCUCCAUUUUAUAUUACUUUAUCUUUCAGACCAUGUUUUAGUUGGUCAUGUCAUGAAUACAUCAACUGUUGCUGACGACUUUGAAUGUCACCAAAAAUGCCUCGGAAAUAACAGCUGCAAAUCAUUUAAUGUUCAUCCCGGUGCAGAUUUUUCUAAACGAGUUUGUGAGCUGAACAACAAAACACGGAAGACGACGCCAGAUAACUUUAAAGAAAAGAAAGGAUCUUCUUAUUAUGGACAUGUUAAGGUCAGUUCUACUGUUUGAACAUAAACCAUCGCUUUUACAAACUUAGGCAUAAAAACUUAACCAAAAACAACUUAAAAACAUGUUCACGGCGGUCACCCUGUUAUGUUUCACAGUUUCCGGUUCAAAAUCUCUGGAGUUUCGAGGUCACCUUAUCAAGUGAACUUACUGAUGUUAGAAGAGAUUGCAGAACUCUUAUAUUGUAAAUAGUACUUUUCUCGUUCUUGGUUCUUCAGUUAUAUUUUGGCUGAUUAGAUCUCUUUUCUAGAGAUCCAACGUUUACUACUAGCAGGAUCCUCGUCCACGGUUUUUGCAGUUAGUUUAAUCCUUUACUUUUGAUAACAUUUUCCUUUGAACGUUGAUUUGUCGUACCGGUUUGUCUGUUGCUUAAAGUAUAUAUUUGUUAUUACCGCACGGUAAAUAUUGCCUAUGGUAGGAAAUGGAAAGGAUGUACAUAUAUCACCAUAUUUACUAGCAUUGCUUUUAAAGCAGACAAAAGUGGUAAGAGAAAGCACAUAAUGACGUUAUCAAUAGUUUCCAGAUAUUGUUUGAUGUUUCUCAUUUCGAUUUGUUAUUUUCUUCUCAGGUUACCUGCCAAGAUCUGCCCACUAACAAGAAAAAACAAACUGGUCAUCGCCAUCCUGACUUUACCAAAAAACCAUGUGAAAUUCGUGAGAAACACUUACAAGUCUAUUUUUAA